AUGACUGGUUAUAUUGACUGUCACAAACCUUCAAAUGAGUUGACUACAAGUUUUGAAAAGGCUUCCUCUCAUCAUAUUCUCAUGAAGAAGAUCACCUCAAGAUUUAAUUAUGGUAUUUUCAAUAUCAAUCAGAUGUUUGUCUUGGUUUAUUUGAUAUCAUCAGCCAGUCAAAUUCAUGGAAAUCUUAAACCUGUCACAAAAACCCCUUUGAAGUUUGAGGCAUUGAGAUCAGGGGACUACAAUCUAUGGACAAGUCCUGGAAUCAUGGAUGGAUUAUUCACAUCAACCCCAGGAGUUGCUACAAGUUCUAAUCUUCAGGAAGCCAAAGAAGUAAAGUAUUUCUCCCUUUAUCACAAUGGUCCACAGAUAGCAAAGCCAGAAACAUAUCACACAGCUCCUCAAGAGUUAAAGAGCCAAAGAAGCCUUCCACAUGAUAUAGACAAUCUUGGGGAGAAAGCUGGCCCAACAUCUAUCAAUGAAAAAGCAUUGAUGGGUCAUACUAGUCAUCCACAACUAUUGUCAUCAUCUGACCAGCAACAAGAAGCAACUGGCCUACUGUUCAAAGAUAUUGUGAAGAUAAAGCCACCUGGAGAUUAUCUAAAAAACCAUCAUGCACAAGCUCAUCCUGCAAGCCCAAGAAGGACCUCUAGCAGUUCAAAAAAAGUUGAUGGUAAUAUUAUGACAAAAAGUGAUCCAGAAGAAGAUGUGCCAUCCAAUAUGGGUUCCCCAAAUAUUCCAUCAAUUUUGAAUGUUCAGACAGAAUCAAAAGCCUCAAAAGUAAAUAUUCCCAGAGACAAUGAGAAUAAGAAUCAAAAGGUACACCAACUCUCAGGGAUAUCAGCACAAGAGGUUCCAAACAAAAAUAACAUGAUGAUAAGCGGCCAUAUAGGAGACCGUAAAGUGUAUUCAAAAGCUCCCAAAUUCUCUGGAGGAUCAAGUAGUAGGGAUAUGAAUACUACAACAAAGAUUCAUUCACAGAAUCUCAACUCAUUUAAACAAGGAAAAAUGAGGUUGGAAGUGUCACCCCUGAAAGCAUACCACAGAUCCACUGAGAAACUGACUAAAAACAAAGGUAUGUCAUAUAAAAAAGGUAUGAACAUGAUCCCCUAUAAAGCAAAGUUUCAGGAAGAAAAAGUGAAUGAUAAGGUCCUUGAUGACAAGAACUUCUUCAAAGCUUUGGAAGAUUUCAAUGAAGCUUUGGAUGACAAAGACCUCAAGGCAAACCCACCAAUGACAGAUCAAAAGCAAGAGAUCAAAAAUACAUCAGAAAAUAAACCAGACAAUGAAGACACAGAAAAACUCAUUAAACAAAAGGCAGACUAUGCAGUGGUUGAUACAGCACAUAGUAAUGGCAACACAGCUUUGGGAAAUGAUACAGAGAAUGCAAAUCAUGUUGAGGAAGAUCCAAAUGCUGAAGUCAGCUCUGCACAACAAGAAGGAGAUGAGGGGGAAGAUGAACCAGAUGUGGAUGAAGUUGAACAAGAUGACCUACAAGAAAUGAGUGAAAGUGGAAAAGCUAGUCAAAGAAGGAGUAAGACUGCAAAGAAUAAAAAAGGGAAGAAAAGCCACAAAUCUAAGAAAGGGAAAAAUACUUCUAUACAAAAACACACUUCCAUACCAUUUUUUGAUUCAGAAUUCUUGGAUUCCACUGAUCAUAAACCAUCAAAAAAACAAUCUGAAAUGUCAAGGGAAGAGCUUUUCAAAGUGGACCAAAGCCAAUUCCUAAGACAUUUCCUUAAAUCACGCAAUAAUACUCCAUACUUGCCAAUUAUAUUAGGUGAUAUGGAAUUUGAAUACCUGAUGUCACUCAAAUACACAGAAUCUGGGGUUUGGGAUAAGCUAAGUAUAGACUUUACUAACAACUUUGAACCUUGGCGUGAAGGAAUAAGGAGGGUAGCUUGUCUUGAUGAACAAUUCAAGGAAAAAUAUAUGGUUUGGAAAUGGAAGAAUCAAAAGCAUACACUACCCAAGUAUGCUCAAAAUUUUGUAGAAUCACUUAAACCUGAUGAAGAGUUUGUAACCUUCAGGGAUGCAACCCUCCAUGAUUGGCAAGCUUAUUCUGAUAGAAAGAACUAUGUUCUGGAACAUGAUGAAAAUAUGAUUCAGACGGUUUUUGGAAUUUUGGGUGAGAUGAUGGAGAAGCGGAUUGUUACACUGAAUCUGAUGUCUCAUCAUAGUUCAGAUCUUGUUGAAUCAAUUAUUGACAGUGGUGCAAUCAGGGAGGGGAUUGAUUUGCCUAUAAUUAUCACAUUUGACCAAUCUCUUUGCUUAUCCCAUGAAGAUGGAUGGUUGGAUGACACAGACAAGGAAGAUAUUCAAUACCAUGCAGUUGAAUUGAUAGAGGCUAUGAAUGGCAGAGUUUCAGGUUAUGAUGGUGAAGAAUAUUUCAAGUCAGAUUGUUCAUGGUUGCAGGAAUGUACCAGGGCAUAUAUAACAAAGCCUGGUUCAAGGAUUGCAAAACUUGUGGAAGAACGUAUCAAAGCCCUUGCAAACCGUGCUGACCACUUGAAGGUACCAGUUCCAAAGGCUCUGGAUGCUUAUAUUCCACCAUCAAUCAAAGGUAAAGGUUUAAGUCUGGGUGACAUAUUACUUAGCACUCAUGCUGGUCUUGAUCUUGAAUCACUGGUCAAAUUGAAAGCUAUUUUGAAGUGGGAUGAAUUUAAAGACCCAAAGACACGCACAAAACCCCUGAACAGAAAACAGACCAAGUGCAUUGGAGAUUGGGAGAGCAUCCGCAAAGAUUUUGCCUCUGAGGCUGAUGAUAUAAAAAGAUACUGUGAUUUAAAAGAUGUUGUUAUCCGUAAUUUGAAUGCUUAUAUUGCCCGCUGUAAUAUGCAGGGUUUUUUGUAA